CCUCCCCCCCCUGAAAUUAACGUGUUGAUGCUCUGCGUUUAGGUGUGAAACCUUUUGUUUGUACCAUUUGUGACAUGAGGUUUGUCCAGCGUUACCUCCUGGCGAGACACAGCCUCACUCAUACUGGGGUGAAGCCAUUUGCUUGUUCCAUGUGUGACAUGAGGUUUAUUCAGCGUAACCACCUGGAGAGACACAGCCUCACUCAUACGGGAGAGAAGCCAUUUGCAUGUGACAUGUGUGAUAUGAGGUUUAUUCAGCGCUACCACCUUGAGAGACACAAGCGCGUUCACAGUGGGGAGAAGCCUUAUCAGUGCGAAGGUUGCCAGCAGAACUUUUCCCGCACAGACCGGCUGCUGCGACACCGGCGGUUGUGCCAGGGUCACGGCGUCGCCAAAGUAGAGAACCAGCCGUGCUGCGAACCCCGCCCGUAUCCACAGGACCCGCCGCCCCCUGCGCCCCCGACCUAGGAGCCCCCUGCACCCACC